CACAAAAUAAACUCUGCUGUGUGUUUUCUCCCACAGGUUCUUCUGGAGAAGUACAAAUACGUCGAAAAUUUCCAUCUGAUCGACGGCCGCCUCAUCAUCUGCACAAUCUCCUGUCUCUUUGCCAUCGUAGCUCUGAUCUGGGAUUACCUGUACCCCUUCCCUGAAUCCAAACCCGUUCUCGCCUUUUGCGUCGUAUCGUAUUUUGUGAUGAUGGGAAUCCUGACCAUCUAUACCUCCUACAAAGAAAAGAAUAUUUUCCUCGUAGCUCACAGAAAAGACCCCGCGGGGAUGGACCCCGACGACGUUUGGCAGCUCUCCUCCAGUCUCAAACGGUAG